AGUUUACUCUAAACCAGAGAAAGAAGAAGAAAACAAGAACUUUAUUCCGAAGAGGACAUUAACACAGGCCUGAUUCUACACAAGAUUUUCCAUUUCUCUGAAAUUGAUGUAUGAGACAGAGAUCGUCGAAGCAGAACGGAAGAAUCGAGGAAACCAGAUGGAGAACACUCAUUCCUGUCCUCGAAGAUUGAAUUUCAAUCUCAAAAAUCUUCCUCCAAUUAAUAACUCGCUCAUUGGAACUGGAAAUCACUCCUCUAUUUCGGCUAAAUUCGAGAAAUCCAGGUAUAUUAGGCGCGUUCCUCAGUUUAUCCCCCAGAAUCACCGGCCGAACGAAUAUGCUGGCUUGCCGAUGAAACCAGCGUGUUCUGGUUCCGCUCGAGCUCUGAAUUCGAAGACGAUUCCGGAGGCCCCGUCGGAUUCCUUCGUUCAAAAGAAAGACAAUAGCCAGGAAAUAGCUUCGAGGAGUAGCUGUUGCGGACAUGGCUCGACCAAAGAAGGUACUCCAGAAAAGAGAGCGGCAAAGUCCCUUCUGUUUGAGAUAUGCACUGCAAAUCACUGGCAGCCUCCUCUAUUUGAAUGCUGCGAGGAAGAAGGUCCAAGCCAUGCAAAAAAGUACAGAUUCAAGGUUACUGUUGAGAUGAAGGGAGCUUCUGAAACAGUUUUGGAAUGCUAUGGAAACCUUCAAACAAGAAAGAAAGUUGCAGCAGAGCAUGCAGCAGAAGGAGCAAUAUGGUACUUAAAGAAUUUGGGAUAUUGUUUUAAAAGAUAAUUAGGAAUUCUAAAGAACAAGAAAUGCCAAAUGAGUAAGUCCUUUUUGAACCUAGACUCUUUCCCUGGAGCUAAAUUUUCACUCUAACACACAAGUACAUGUUCAGGAGUAAUUUUAAAAUUGCUAAAAUCAAUUUUCUUGUGUUAAAAAUUAGUUCAAAAUAAGUCAAUAAUCACUCAAAAUUAAUUUAA